UGAACAUUGACAGCACCCAAUCCAAUCUGACAUUUACAUAUUACGGGAUCUAUUAUUCUAUUUGGUAAAAAUGCGAAUAUUUAGUUAUUUAUCAAAGAAAGUGGGUGAUCUCACUGUUAAAUAUUCAAACCUUCCUGAAUCCUAUAUAAAGAGAAGUUAUGAACAGGUAUAUUGGAAGAAUCCAACUGGUUACCCACAGUAUCCCAAAGCCCAGGUGGCACGUAAGAAGUUCCGUUUUACCACAAAUAGACCAUGGACUGGUCACUUCAGACAGCAAAAUGAUGUUGGUGUUCAUAGAAAAAAAGUGUUUGUAGAGCCAGUUGGGGAGUGGAGUUUUUUCAAAGGUGAUAGAGUAGAAGUAAUGGUUGGCAAAGACAAAGGAAAACAAGGCAUUGUCAGUCAAGUGGUACAGGAACGUAAUUGGGUAUUCGUGGAGGGGCUCAACACACAUCUCCGUAUUGUGGGUAAAGACAAGAAUUUCCCCGGAGUGACGGUCCAGUCAGAGGCUCCGCUCCUUGUCACAACUGAUGUGAAACUUGUAGACCCAGAGAAUUUGAAGCCAACUGAAUUUGAGUGGAGAUAUACUGAGGAGGGGGAGAAGGUGCGUGUAUCUAUGACAAGUAGCCGCAUCAUUCCCAUACCGAAAUCAGCUGAGGAGACCAUAGAUUACAAGAGCAAGGAGUUGUAUGUGGCCAAUCCCGACAAGGAUACAGAGGCUGAUGUUGUUACUAAGAUAACGUUCGAGCCAAAACUGCGUACAUUUGAAAUGGAUAUCAUGGAAGCAAUGGGCAUCAAAGAAGACAGAGUGCCAGCCAAGUCCUACUGGUAUUAAACUAUUAUACGAGAAAUUAGAAAAUAAAAUUAUUAUGUAUAAAAUAAAUUACAUGUAAAUAAUUAUUGUUGUUGUUAACAGGCCUCAUAGAUGAUAGAUAAUAUAGUGUGCUGUAAAAUUUG